CAAACCAUCUCAUCCAUCACCAUUUGUCUGUUAUCCUCACUGCCACCAUGCUGGCCUCAGGGUUGCUUGUGGUGGCUUUGCUAACCUGCCUGAGUGUAAUGAUUUUGAUGUCCAUUUGGCGACAGAGGAAGCUCUGGGGAAAGCUGCCUCCUGGACCCACCCCACUGCCCUUCAUUGGCAACUACCUGCAGCUGAACACGGAGCAGAUGUACAAUUCCCUCAUGAAGAUCAGCGAGCGCUAUGGCCCUGUGUUCACCAUCUACCUGGGGCCUCGCCGGGUCGUGGUGCUGUGUGGACAGGACGCAGUAAAGGAGGCUCUGGUGGACCAGGCUGAGGAAUUCAGUGGGCGAGGGGAGCAGGCCACCUUUGACUGGCUCUUCAAAGGCUAUGGUGUUGCGUUCAGCAACGGAGAGCGCGCCAAGCAACUCCGGCGCUUUUCCAUCACCACGCUGCGGGACUUCGGCGUGGGUAAGCGUGGCAUAGAGGAGCGCAUCCAGGAGGAGGCGGGCUUCCUCAUCCAGGCUUUCCGGGACACGCGCGGCGCAGUCAUUGAUCCCACCUUCUACCUGAGCCGAACAGUCUCCAAUGUUAUUAGCUCCAUUGUCUUCGGGGACCGCUUUGAAUAUGAGGACAAAGAGUUCCUGUCACUGUUGCGCAUGAUGCUGGGAAGCUUCCAGUUCACAGCCACCGCCACUGGACAGCUCUAUGAGAUGUUCUCUUCAGUAAUGAAGCACCUGCCAGGACCACAGCAACAGGCCUUUAAAGAGCUUCAGGGGCUUGAGGACUUCAUAACCAAGAAGGUGGAGCACAACCAACGCACACUGGACCCCAACUCACCAAGGGACUUCAUCGACUCCUUUCUUAUCCGCAUGCAGGAGGAGCAGAAGAACCCCAACACAGAGUUCUACAUGAAGAACUUGGUACUGACCACACUAAACCUCUUCUUUGCGGGCACAGAGACUGUCAGCACGACCCUGCGCUAUGGUUUCCUGCUGCUCAUGAAGCACCCAGAAGUGGAGGCCAAGAUCCAUGAGGAAAUUGACCGAGUGAUUGGCAAGAACCGUCAGCCUAAGUUUGAAGACCGAGCCAAGAUGCCCUACACAGAGGCAGUGAUCCAUGAGAUCCAAAGAUUCGGAGACAUGAUCCCCAUGGGCUUGGCUCGCAGGGUCACCAAGGACACCAAGUUUCGAGACUUCCUCCUUCCCAAGGGCACUGAGGUGUUCCCUAUGCUGGGCUCUGUGCUGAAAGACCCCAAGUUCUUCUCCAACCCCCAAGAUUUCCGCCCUGAGCACUUCCUCGAUGAGAAGGGGCAGUUUAAGAAGAGUGAUGCUUUUGUGCCGUUUUCCAUUGGAAAGCGGUACUGUUUUGGAGAAGGCCUGGCUAGAAUGGAGCUCUUCCUUUUCCUCACCACCAUCAUGCAGAACUUCCGCUUCAAGUCCCCACAGGCUCCCAAGGAAAUCGAUGUGUCUCCGAAACUCGUGGGCUUUGCCACCAUCCCACCAAACUACACUAUGAGUUUCCUGCUCCGCUAAGUCAGGGCUGAGCCCAGGCAGAGCGAGCAGGCAGAGACAGGGAAGGGAGGGGGGUGGGAUAGGGCUAGUGGGAGUGGCUAGCGAGUAGAUUGUGGCUGAGAGAAACGAAGGGGAGUGACUGACAGGCAAGAGCAAAGAAAGAACAGGGCUCACCUUGCUAAAGAUAGAUCCUUCAAAGCCGAGAUGAGCAAAGGGAAACCUUAUAUUGUGCUAUUAUAAUAACAGCUAUUAUUUAUUGUGCAAGUA